GUCGCUGUUCAGUCGGCAUUUGUGUAUCACUUGGAAUAGUCUACAUUUUCGUAUUGUACGCACCAGCAGUAAAAGCAUUUCAAAAAGAAAGAAUCAAAAUAAUUUUCUCAUUGAAUUCGUUUGCUAGUGAAAAAGAGUAAAAGGUGAUAAUUGCAAUCUUCAAAUCCAAUUGAAUUGUUCAUUUGAAGUCUAUUUGUCAAAAGCAACAUUAUCAAAGUUGGUGUAAUUUUUGUGAAACUAACGGUAAUUGAUUUGUGUGCAACACAUCGACGGAGUGAAUUUCAACAACGACAACGCAAAAUAAGCUAAACAAAAAUGGUUGACUGUGGAGUAACUUGUGCUAAAUACUCAGUUUUCUUGUUCAAUUUGCUAUUUGCCUUGACUGGCAUUGCAAUUCUAACGGUUGGCGCCGUUAUCUUCAGCGCAUUCAAUCACUAUGAAAACUUUCUGGGGGAGGACCUAUGGAGCGCACCAGUUAUAUUGAUGAUAAUCGGUGGCAUUGUGUUUAUUAUCGCAUUCCUCGGGUGCUGUGGCGCAAUUAAAGAAAGCUCAUGCAUGGUUCUCACGUUUUCAUUGUUGUUGAUCGUGAUUAUCUUGUUCGAAAUCGGAAUCGGCACCUUCGGCUAUGUUCGACAAGAUGACUUGAAUAACGCACUGGAUAAAGGAUUCAAUCAAACACUCAACAACUAUCAAGCAAACCAGAAGGAGUGGGAUUUGGUUCAGACAGAGUUGAAAUGUUGCGGUGUCAAUAGCCCAGAUGAUUUCACUCCAAAAGUACUAAAUGGUUCUGCUUUCCCGCGUUCAUGCUGUUUGACAUUGAAAAUCGACGAGCCUUGUACCAAAAAAGAUGCAACACAAAAAGGUUGCAAAACAUCAUUGCUUAACUAUUUAAGCUCUCAAUCGACUAUUUUGGCUGGCGUUGCUGUUGCCGUUGGAUUGAUUCAAAUUGUUGGUUUGGGCUACGCUUGUUGCUUGUAUCGAGCAUUCCGUAAGAACUACGAAGCCGUUUAAGUUUAAAAAACAUAAAAAUUCAAUCAAAAGAAGACUAUAAAUGACUCGGAAUCAUCACAAAUAUCAUCGAAGAAACUGAAUCAUCGCAACAAAUGAAAAAUACAAAAAAAAAACAUAUACAAAUCA